GCAGGCGAGCGCGCACAUACGGGGCAAUAUUUGCCUCGCUCGAAGAAAAUACAGAUUGUUGCCGUUUUCUUGCUCUGAAUGCGAGGUGGGAGCAUGGGGAAAAGCGGACUUUAAAAGGGGAUUGGAACCGCUUAGCGGUCAGUAGCGCCCUGUCCCCUCCGGCCUAAAGGGGGAACGGAAAUAUGAGGAUUUUAUGAGGGCGGGGAGCCGGGGAGCGAAAGAGAUAGUGCCCGGGGGUUGCCGGAGGGAACGAAGGACCGAUCCGCGGUCGCUCCUGGUUUGGCUCCGUCCUUUUUCGGCUUCCCCUUUCGCUUUAGUUCGGUAUCUCCGCUAGACGUCCUGCCUUAAACUACCGCGAAAGGGAGGGAAGAGCGGAAGCAUGUCCAACCCGGAGAAGCGGAUCUUAUCCCGCCCCUCGGCCCCCCUGGCUGCAGCACUCGGGGAAAAGCCCAGCUCCGGCAGCCGCCCGCUCCACUCCCAUGGCCAGAGCGGUGGAGGUGGAGGCAGCGGCGGGUCUCCUCCUCCCCCCGCUCCUGGAGGCGGCUCGGCUGCCUACAGCUCCCUCUCUGUCCUCCUAACAACCACCACCAGCAGCAGGAGCCGCGCUGCAGGGACAGCCUCUUCUGCCGUCUCCGCCAGCAUCGUCUCCAGAGCGGCAGCGGCUCCUUUCCUCGCUCCAAUCCCCUCCUUUUCCUCCGCUUCUCCAUCUUCUUUUUACUUCUUGCCGCCGCCUCCUCGUUUCCCCUCCUCGUUUUCCUUUAACCUCACAAGUCUCCAAGGGAGGGAGGGAGGAGGAGAGGCAACGAGAGCGGCAGGAGGAGGAGGAGGAGGAGGAAGAGAUGUUGGCGGAGCAGCAGCAGCAGCAGCUCACUUGAUCGCCCAUCCAGGCGGCAGCGGCAGGAGGAGACUCUUCUGUUCUUCCUCCAUCCAGGGCUUGCUGCUCUGUUCCGCAGCCGGCGGCCCUCGGCAGCACCACUCCCGGCCCCUCCUCUCUCCAGCCGCCUCUCGCCUGUGGUCCUGCAAUUCCCUCGCUGCUGCAGCAGCAGCAGCCCGCGGCGACGGGAUCCGAGGAGGCGACGGCCCCGGCGGGAGCAGGACUCCUAGGCGGCAGCAGCGGCAGAGAGGCGCCUUCUUCUCCUUCUCGUCUCCCCUGCUCCUAGGGCCAGACAUGGAAGAUGGAUCUAAUUCUGCAAGCUGCUUUAGGAGGUUUACGGACUGUUUCUUGAAUACAAGUUUAACAGAUGAAAAAGUGAAGGCGUAUCUUUCUCUUCACCCCCAGGUACUGGAUGAGUUUGUGUCAGAAAGUGUAAGUGCGGAAACUGUGGAAAAAUGGCUAAAAAGGAAAAAUAACAGACAAGAAGAUGAAUCAACACCUAAAGAAGUCAGCAGGUACCAGGAUACAAAUAUGCAAGGUGUAGUGUAUGAAUUGAACAGCUACAUAGAACAGCGCCUGGAUACAGGAGGAGAUAACCAACUGCUUCUGUAUGAACUGAGCAGCAUUAUUAAAAUAGCUACAAAAGCUGAUGGAUUUGCACUGUAUUUCCUGGGAGAAUGCAAUAAUAGUCUGUGUAUAUUUACACCACCAGGAGCUAAAGAAGGACAACCACGACUCAUUCCUGCAGGCCCCAUUGCACAUGGCACUACAGUAUCUGCUUAUGUAGCCAGAUCCAGAAAAACGUUGUUAGUAGAAGAUAUUCUGGGGGAUGAGCGAUUUCCCAAAGGUACUGGACUGGAAUCAGGGACCCGUAUCCAAUCCGUUCUGUGUUUGCCAAUUGUCACUGCAAUUGGUGACCUGAUUGGUAUCCUGGAGCUUUACCGUCACUGGGGCAAAGAAGCCUUCCACCAUAGUCACCAAGAGGUUGCAACAGCAAAUCUUGCAUGGGCUUCAGUAGCAAUACAUCAAGUACAAGUGUGCCGGGGCCUUGCCAAGCAGACUGAACUGAAUGACUUCUUGCUUGACGUAUCGAAAACGUAUUUUGAUAACAUAGUUGCAAUAGAUUCUCUACUUGAACAUAUAAUGAUAUAUGCAAAAAACCUGGUGAAUGCAGAUAGGUGUGCACUCUUCCAGGUUGACCACAAAAAUAAGGAGCUGUAUUCAGAUCUUUUUGAUAUUGGAGAAGAAAAUGAUGGAAAACCUGUCUUCAAGAAGACCAAAGAAAUAAGAUUUUCUAUAGAAAAAGGAAUAGCUGGUCAAGUGGCAAGAACAGGAGAAGUCCUUAACAUCCCUGAUGCCUAUGCAGAUCCACGCUUUAACAGAGAAGUAGACCUCUACACAGGGUACACAACCAGAAAUAUCCUGUGCAUGCCUAUUGUAAGCCGAGGAAGUGUAAUAGGUGUUGUGCAGAUGGUGAACAAAAUAAGUGGAAGUGCCUUCUCUAAAACUGAUGAGAACAACUUUAAAAUGUUUGCAGUCUUUUGUGCUUUAGCCUUACACUGUGCUAAUAUGUACCACAGAAUUCGUCAUUCAGAGUGUAUUUAUCGUGUAACAAUGGAGAAGCUAUCAUACCAUAGUGUUUGUACAGCGGAAGAGUGGCAAAACCUCAUGCACUGUACACUGCCUCCACAUAUUUAUAAAGAAAUUGAGCUAUACCAUUUUGAUAUCAGUCCAUAUGAGGAUGUCUGGCCUGCCAUUUUUGUCUACAUGGUUCACCAGUCCUGUGGGACAGCCUGCUUUGAACUUGAAAAGCUGUGCCGAUUUACUAUGUCUGUAAAGAAGAAUUAUCGCCGUGUGCCCUACCACAACUGGAAGCAUGCAGUUACCGUUGCACAUUGCAUGUAUGCCAUACUACAGAACAACCAGGGGCUUUUCACUGAUCUAGAGCGCAAAGGUCUUUUAGUUGCAUGCCUGUGUCAUGACCUGGAUCACAGAGGUUACAGCAACAGCUAUCUUCAGAAAUUUGAUCACCCCUUAGCUGCUCUCUAUUCCACGUCAACAAUGGAACAGCACCACUUCUCGCAGACUGUGUCCAUCCUGCAGCUGGAAGGGCACAAUGUCUUCUCCAAUCUGAGCUCCAGUGAAUAUGAGCAAGUACUUGAGAUCAUCCGGAAAGCCAUCAUUGCCACAGACCUUGCCCUGUAUUUUGGAAAUAGGAAACAACUUGAAGAGCUGCAUCAGACAGGAGCAUUAAACCUUAAGAACCAAGCACACAGAGAUAGAGUGAUUGGCCUGAUGAUGACGGCUUGUGAUUUGUGUUCUGUAACAAAGUUGUGGCCAGUUACCAGGCUGACAGCCAACGAUAUAUAUGCGGAGUUCUGGGCUGAGGGUGAUGAAAUGAAGAAAACGGGUAUUCAGCCUAUUCCUAUGAUGGACAGAGACAAGAAAGAUGAAGUCCCUCAGGGUCAGAUUGGGUUCUACAAUGCUGUAGCCAUCCCAUGUUACACCACACUUGCACAGAUCUUUCCUCCAACUGGGCCACUACUCCGAGCAUGCAGGGACAAUCUCAACCAAUGGGAGAAAGUAACAAGAGGUGAGGAAGCCUCUAUAUGGAUUUCCUCCCAGUCCCUUGCUCCUGGGACCUCAGAUUCUCUUCCUGUGAAGAUUGAUGACUGAACAGCAGCAACAGAUUGCUUCAAUCUGAAAAGCACCCCUUCUUGUUUUGGGGAUUUUUUUUUUGUUUAAUUUUUAUUUGAAAAAAAAAAGGAAAAAGAAAAGCUACAAAAUUCUAACGAAGAAGUAGACCUGCCUAGGAAGGUAACACCCAUGGAGUUACCUCAGCUAAAUGACUCUGGCAGCCAGUCUCCUGACCUACACCAGUGACACAAAGUCAACAGAGGGAAAAUGACAACCCAGAUGUUUUAGAGUCAGCUAUCAAAAGAGAACUUAUGACUUGUGAAUAUAAAAGACUGGCCUUAUCUCAUGGGCUACAUUGCUGAGGCCUUAAUUUAAAACUGAUGGGGGGUGCGGGUGGGGGGAAUCCUAGGGGGUACUUCUAAAUUGUAUCUUUAUAGUAAGGGUUUCAAUGGUACUUUUAUUAUACCGUACUGUGGCUGGCUUUAACACCAGUGUCACUUGGGAGUUCUUGGCUAUAAAUAGAACAAUAUACCCAUUGCUAUUGUGAAUGUUUAUGUGUGAUCUACUUGUAAUCAGUUUGAACUCCAGCAGAAUCCUUGGAGAUUAUAAUUUAUGCUUAGGUUACAGUGAAUUCUCUUGCUGCAAACUAAAGGAAAACCAACAUUCAGGUUAAAGUUUUAAAGUACUUCAUUAAGCAUCAUGAUGCAAAUUGUCUGUCACUCAUAAGGGAAACGUUGAUAGAACUAGUGAUGGUGCUUUGUUAUUUAGAAUGAUUUAUAAACCUAGACAACUCCUCCCUUAAAACACUGGAAGUAUUGGAUAAUUAUCUCUGAUAUGAGAGGGAGUUUCAGGUUGGAGUUUUUGUAUCCAUAGUGACAGAAGUAUCAGAUUAAAAUUUAAAUGUGACAGCAAAGAUUUCCUUACCUAGCUCACAAUUGAGUAAAGUCAUAAUUUUUAUUUCUACCUGCUGAGUUGUAUUUUAAAACAUAUUAGAGACAUACCUGAAGUAUGCUAUCUCCCGGGAACAAAAGCCUUGUCAGAAAAGUCAGGUCUGAUAAGAGGGAUUGUGGUACCAUCACAAUAAAUCAAAACUGUGUUUGUAUUGACUAGCUUUUGUGUUGCACAGUAACACUGCAUGUCUUCUACUGCUUUUUCCCCCCCAUCCCAAGAUGAGUGAAAUUAGAAACCUUCUCCAUUUGUCUAUUUGUUUUUUCCCCUAGUUCAGCAAAAUUUCCAGGAUUAGCACUGCCUUUCUUAGUGAAAGAAUAGCUGACUGAAGAAAAGUACUCCAAAAUAGUGUGUUUACAGUUCUGUGCUGACUUAGGCUUUAGCCUUACAAACUUAGGCACAGCCUUUAAGACCUUACGUUGAAUGCCACUCUUAAAUUUAGUGCAAUUGUACAGAGUAUGUUUCAACAACACUUAAUUUGCCUUUGUCUUUCUCUCAAAAAUAAUGAGAAAAAAAUCUUCACAGUGAUCCACACAGUGGGUGAAAACACCGUCUUUGCACACCUUUCACAUACAGCCUAUACUGCAUUAUAUGCUUUUUCAUAGGUAAUGAACACUUGUAGUGGUUCCAUUAUAACAUGGCCAUUGUGUAACUGCAAAAAAUACUAGUUGUAACUUAAAGACAGAAGACAGGUUCUCUUUUUCCAUCUCAUGUCUUUUGGGUUGUAUUGCUCUAAUAGGCAUGCCAUCUUAUGGGUUUUGUGUGAACAACUUGGACUCUUGAGUUUUGCCUUCUGUUAUGGUCGAGCACAUGCCACUAUCUGUAUAUGUGUACAGUGUGUGAUCCAUAAUCGCGUAAUGUAUAAAUGCACCUAAGCCUUUGCUGUACAUAGAGAUCCCACAGGUUGAGAAUUCGAUAUGAAGUCUUCUUACUUGCAUGACGCAGGUUACAGCCCCAUAAUUUUUUUCUGUUUGCUUUGCCAAUUCUAAAUGCAGAAAUUAAUUGUUAAUCACAGCAAACUGGUUUGGAAUUAAAAAAAAAAAAAAAAAAAAAACACAGGAAAAAAUUACGCCAAAGUAGAAUGAAUAAUAUCUCAUGCUGUGUCCUCUGUUUUACUCCUUAGUUAUUCUAUUUCAGCUAAAUCAUGCAGAUGCAACCUUUCAUCCACUAAGUACUUGAGACACAAUCCACGGAUCCUAGAUCCUAAUUUACUUGGAAAUUAUCUAAAUCUAUGGUGACUACAAAAAUACUCCUUGAAAUUUAGAUACCCCAAGAAAUCAGUGGAAUGUUUUCCUUCAUGGUAGAAGUAUAUUUGUUGCUAUUCUCCUCUUUUUUUUCUCUCUGUUUAAAAAUGCUGAUCUUAAAAGCAUUUCGACAGUAUUCCUUAUCACACUGUGUCUGUGUGUAUGGAAAGCUUUUUAUUCAUCCUUUACUCAUUGACAGUAAAGAUAACUUCACUAGUUCUGUUUCUUACCAUUUAAAAUAUAUGACGGUAUCGCAUAUGAUUUUAUUUUGCAGUUUAUAAGUACUGAUAGAGAGCCUGUUUCCCUGUAAAAUUUUUCAAAUUGGCAGUCAGUUGUUAUGUCUCAAGUGAAUCAGGUACUGUUUCUAAUACAGAACUAUCCAAACCUCAUAAAAUAAAUGUUUGCUGUAGUAUAAUGCCUAUUAGAAUUAAAAAUUUUGGCUCCAGUGCCUGCAGUUUGGUUUGAUUUCCUAGUGUGUAAAAGGAGAAAGGUCAUGACAAAAUGUUACUCUUUCUUAGCACAGAGAUCAGCAAAAAUAACCAUGAUGAACUGUAAUUUUUAAAGCAACUAUAGUCUGUCUUAGCAUUUACAGAGUAUAGAUCCAUAUGUGUAAAUGUUUCUUUUAGAAAAAGACUUAUACCUGCACUUCCAAAGUUAAAACCACCAAAAAUUAAAACUUUGGAGCUGCAUUUGAAUUUCAAGACUCAAACACGUAUUGAGAUUUAAUUGUUUGAAGGUCUGGACUUGAACUCACAAAUUGAGUAAGACAUCUGACUCAUUAAGUUAAAAUGCGAAAAGACAUUCCUCCUUGCAUUUUUACCAUACUAAAACUGAUCUUGUCCAAAAUCAACAAGAAUUCAUAAAAAGCCUAACAGUUCUUUCCUUUCCUAGAAGUGUUAGACUUUAUAUUCCCAGAAUUACAUUUUUCUUGUUAAUAAUUCCAAUUGCUCUUCCACUCUAAGCCUAGUAAAGGUAAAAGCGCUGUUUGAAGCUAUAAUUGAGCAUUUCUAAUGUAUUAUGAAAUGGUGCCUGAACGGUAUGCACUAAGUGAGAAAAAUAGUUGACAUGGCAUGAUACUUGUCUGACAUACUGCAUAUUUUGUUACAACACUAACAGAAACUCCACUGUUAAAAUUAAUCUGUGAUUUUUUUAUGGUUGGGCAACAUUCUCCUAUGAUGGUAUGUAGGAGAAUAUACUCCUAUAAACUCAUAGCAGUAAUAUUUUUUUUUAUAAGUGACCAUUAGAGAAAUGCAAUUGAGUUUUUCUGGCUAGAGUAUAUGAUCAAGUAUAUUAAAUUGGAGGGGACAUGCAAAGAGGAAUUCAUCUUUUGAUGUGGCACAGAUUUCUUUCAUGUGUUUAAACUUAGAACAGUGUGAUCAGUUUGCUGUGACUGCAUUUAGAGCAUUUAAUGUUUAAAUUGUAGGGAUAGCAAAAAGCACUAUUCAUGUUAAAAAAUAUAGAGAUUGUUGGAUGCUCAAAUCAAUUAUGACCCUCUUGAAAUAAUGCAUUUGCCUCAAACACUGUGAUAUAGGACCAGGUCUGUGAAGUGUAACAAUUAAUUUAUUCAUUUUAAAAGUGGAAACGUCUUUCUGCACAAUAUUACAAGAAAGUUCAUGUUCAAACUUUAAUUAUAUAUCCCAAUCUAGCAAAGGCACAUCAUAACUUUUUUUUUCUUUUGCUUUCUGACCAAAAACUGUGCUCGAUUGUAAUACGGGUGUAUACUCUGUCAAAAAACCUAAAAUAAUGGACUGCUUUCUAGGGUAGAUCAAACUGAUUUGUAGAGUAGUUUCAUAAAUAUUCAAAAAUCAGGUUGGGCUGUUAUGUGAAGAAGAAAGAACUUCAAGGUAACAACAUUCAACUUUACUACAUUUAGUGAGCUGAAAAUUUUGUUUUAUAUAUAUAUAUAUUUACACACAUAUAUAUAUAUAUGAUACAUAUAAACUUAUCUUUGUAAAAAAAUAUGCAAGUGCAAUAAUUUAAAGAGGUCUUAACUUUGCAUUUAUAAAUUAUAAAUACUGUACAUGGUGUGUAAUUUUUUUCAUGUAUUCAUUUGCAGUCUUUGUAUUUAAAAAACAAACCUAAACCUUUACUAUUCCGUUUGUACAAUAGAACAGUAAGCAUUUAUUAUGAUAUAGUUAAGUUGUAAAUAAAUUCACAAACGAAACAGCCAGUAUGUAUGCAUAUAUGGGUGUCCUAUUGUGAAACCUGUUUUUGCUUUUACUGCUGGCUCUGGCACAGCAAGACUACUUCUGUGGAUAUGUAAUUAUACAUAUAAAUAUAUGUAUGAUACAUAAAAUAUAUUUAGAAAUGUUCAUAAUUUUAAUGGAUAUACCUAUACAUAUACUUUGGUGUGAAUAUUACUGAAUACAGAGUUUUUUAAUAUUAUUUUUCAUGUUUAUUUUUGCUAUUAUUGGGAAUGCAAGUGAGGGAUGGGAAUGUGUAUAUGUGUGUUUACACCAUAAGUAAACCACAGCACAAAGCGAUUCAAAA